AGGUCUGAUCCCUGGAUCAGGAAGAUCCUCUGGAGACGGAACUGGCAACCCACUCCAGUAUUCUUGCCUGGAGAAUCCAUGGACAGAGGAGGGGGUCACAAAGAAUCGGACACAACUGAGUGACUAAUAACAGUAGCAAUGAAAUACGGACAAGAAGUAAAUCUUGCAGCACUACCUGGCACCCACACCCAUUAUGACGGCUGUGAAAUGACCGUAUUCACCAGGCCGCCGCCUAAAAGCAUUAAGGUAGAUUUAUAGAACGAGCGAGCACGUUUGCUUGUUCUUGAAAUAGAAUCCCUCGAGGUAAGUACAUUGUCUUUAUUUACAAAGUAUCUGUCUUAUUUCACACCACUGCUCGCUCUUAGAGUCCCGGCUUCAGGAGCAGGCGUCCAGACACCGGCGCGCCCAAAGGUGCCGGUUUCCAGCCACAAAAGGGCAGCCUGGGUCGGGUGUUUGGUGCUCGGUUUUCUGAGCUGCUGGGGGGCGGGGGUGGGUGCAGAGAAGGGCCGUUUCCUGGGCGUUUGGGGGAAGGACAAACGGCCGCUCCCCCACCCGGUUCGGAACACUCAAGUCUCCAGUCCCUCAGGAAGGCGUGGUGAGACAGGCUGCCUCCAGGCCCGCGCGCUCCUCUCCAGGUGCCCGUCGUCCCGGGGCUCUUCCCGCGCGGCCGGACCCGCUGACUUCCCUUCCAGCCGAGGCGCCUCCUUCCGCUCGCGCCGCGCCGCGCGGCUCCGCUCGGACGUGUCCGCGCCGCCGCGACCACCGGAGCCACUUCGCGGCGAUGCUGGGGCCGCCAGUCUGGGCGUUGGUGGCCGGUGUCCUGCUGGCGCUGUCGCCGGGCCGGGCGGGGGGCGCCCCGAAGGCGGGCCGGCGGCCAGCACGGGCGCGGGGCUGCGCGGACCGGCCCGAGGAGCUCCUGGAGCAGCUGUACGGGCGACUGGCGGCCGGCGUGCUCGGCGCCUUCCACCACACGCUGCAGCUGGGCCCGCGCGAGCAGGCGCGCAACGCCAGCUGCCCGGCCGGGGGCAGGCCCGCCGACCGCCGCUUCCGGCCGCCCACCAACCUGCGCAGCGUGUCGCCCUGGGCCUACAGGAUCUCCUACGACCCCGGCCGCUUCCCGCGGUACCUGCCCGAGGCCUACUGCCUGUGCCGGGGCUGCCUGACCGGGCCACAUGGGGAGGAGGACGUGCGCCUGCGCAGCGCCCCAGUGCUCGUGCCCGCGGUGGUCCUGCGCCGGACCCCAGGCUGCGCGGGUGGUCGCGCUGUCUACGUCGAGGAGUACGUCACCGUGCCCGUGGGCUGCACCUGCGUGCCCGGGCCGGAGAAGGAUGUGGAUGCCGCCAACUCCAGCCUGGACAAGUCGGCCCGGCCCUGACCGCCCACCCGGGACCCCGGGCCCGAGGAAACGUGCCCAGCGGUGGACUGGACCAGACCGGACUGGACCGCGUGGUGGGCCGCCCCGGAUUUCCUCUUGAGCAGGCACACAGGGCGGCCGGAAGGUGAUGGGGACUGAGCGGGGUGGCCCGCCUCGCCCCCAGGACCAAGGGAGGGGCGAGUCUCAGAGGACAGACGGAUGCUUGCAGUCUUUUUUAAAAAGUAGAGUAAACCGUUUAUUCAGCUAUUUUUUCAAUAGGGGCAGGAACAAAAUAUUUUCAUACUUGCCGUUUUGAGCAAGUAUAUUGUUUUUACCUGAUCUGUAAACAUUUUAUAAACAUUGUUUUCACUUCCUCAGCAGGAAUUUUUAGAAGUUCAGGUAGGCCGACUCUUGCUUCAGUUGGUCACCAGUGGACACGGCUGGACAGGACCUGCCCUCCCAAUGGGCAGCUCAGCUCACCCCAGUCUCACUUUAUUCAUGAGGAUAUAAAUCUCCACAGGUUUAUACAGGGAGAAAGUUUUUUACUUUUCAAAGUCAGGGGCCAGUUUAUGGACAAGAGGCAGUGAGGUCAGCACGUGGUAUGUGAGAUCUGUGCCAAUUCCCAGGUAUCUGGCUAGUUUAAGGGCUUCAGGAGCUAUUAAGUGCGCAGACUUAACAGUUUCCAGAACGCCAAGAGUGGAGCCUCUUCUAGCACUGCAGCUAAAGACCAGAACUAUCUGUAAAUGUGAGACCUUCUUAACUCGAUUUAUGUAACACCUGUAGGUAGGUGAAGGGCAUGCUGCCUGUGGUUUUCUCUCUGGACUCCGCUUUGAUAGGCUCAACUAGUUCUUAGAGGAAAUGAUGUUUAUUAAGGUCUUAUCUUAAUUUUAUGGUUGAAGUUUUUAAGAGCAACUGUGAAGUCAGCCUGUUUAUGUGCUCUCUUCCCCACUUAAAAUCAGCCUUGGUUUGAUCUGAAUGGAAGCUUUACUGAGAACUUCCAGUUUGUAUUAUAUAUUGACAGAGGUUGUACAUGAAAAACAUUGCUGAGCAAAAUUCAUAUUUUCCAAAUAAAAAUUCAGAACUGAAA